AUGCGUAUUCUGACAUUCAUUUCAGUGCAGUGUUGGUUUGAAAAGGAUGCUCUGCAAUCGGUCAAAAUUGAGCGUCGAGCGAAAAAGAAAAUGGUAGAAAGACAUUGCCUGCUUUUCAAUUUGCCCCUAGCUGAUAAAUUGUUCCAAAAGGGACAGAGAACGAACCUGAAUAAUUUCUGGAUAAGUGGCAUGUUUUAA